UUCCCGGUCUGAAACCAAUAAACAAACACCACAGUUUCACCACGCACGUAAUCAGUCAGGUGUUUUAUCGUACUUUAGCCUUCUAGGCUAUUACUAUAUUUCACAACGUGUAACACAUUUUAAUCGUUUUCGCAUGCGACUUUAUACGAAAUUAUUAGGAACAGUCCACCAUGAGCAACUUUGAGGCAUCGGCAUUGGACAACCAUGGGUUAUCGGCUUCCUUGUCUCAUAAGGAGAAAGAGAACCAGGGUCAGACAGACCCAGCCCGUGGUGGCCCUCAACCGGCUUGCAGGUUCUUUGCACAGGGACGGCACUGUAAUUUUGGGAGUAAGUGUCGCUUCCUCCAUCAAAAGAGAGAUGUUAGAUCUGCCAAGGGUGAAUUAGAAAACGGUACAAAUAGACAAACAGAUCAGGGAAGCCCGAUUGUGGAGGUCACCCAGGCCAAGGGGUCUAGCUCUGGAGAAGUAGGUCACAGGCCUGGGUCAGCCAAACAUGAUAGAGCUAACCGCCGGCCCUGUCGAUAUUUCCUCUCUGGCUUCUGUUCCAUGGAGGAUAAGUGCCGUUUCUGGCAUCCGGAGCAUUUCUCACAGUUUGAGAUCCAGUCUGUACAAGGAUAUGUAGCCAGAGCCAGGCCAAGCCUACCUUCUCCUUGUACCCCUCAUGAAGUCAGACUCAGUGAUCUGACAGACCAUCUUUCCAAACAACUGCGGGACACUGAGAUUAAGCAGAUGACGAAGCGUUUUCCCAAAGAACAGCUCAUUGUCCAGGAACGGGGCGACGGCCAAGUUACUUUCUACAGGUUUUCAAUUGAGGCCACAGAUCCAGACUGGCCUUUUGACCUCAAAGAAGUUGAUGUUAUGGUCAGCUUCCCAGAGAAAUAUCCUCAAGAGAUUUUCACCAUAGAUAUACCCCAGGACCAGGAUUUGCCUUCAAUUAUGGGACAGCAUGUGCAGCGGGCCUCCCUGGAGUGGCUGCAGGCUAAGCAGGCCACCAAUCAGCUGAUGGGGAAAGUGGAGCUGCUCUUCCGGCCGUUCCUUCGUUGGUUGGACCGGAGCUUAGAGAGACUGUUUACAGAGGGAGCCAGGCUGCUGAAAAAAAACCUUGAUGUUGCAAGAGCAGGCCUGGAGUUUGUGCCCUUCCAGCAGCUUCAGGCAGCGGUGUGCAAGGAGCAGGGCGGCAGUGACACUGCUGACCCUGUCACUUGUACUGUAACUGCUGAGGAGGGAGAGGAGAAGGAGGGGACUGAGGAAGAGGGGGUCCAAGAUGACCCUGGAUGUGAUGACCAGGAGGAGGAGGAGGAAGGUGGUGGCCCAGUGGAGAACAUCAAAACCAGUAAUCCUCGGAGAGGCACUGAGGUCAAGCUGCUGGGUCUGACGCUGGGGGAGCAGACAGCCACUGUGGUUGCCAGACAGAUCACCUUGUGUCUGCAGUGCAACAGGUGUAAGGUAAUGGCAGAUCUAACCUUGAGUGCAAAGAGCCCCUGCACGGCCCAGUGUGAGAGAUGCAGCUCGGGGAUCAGCGCUGCGUUCAGACCCAGCAUGCUGCACCAUUACAGUGACGUGCUAGGAUACCUGGACCUGAGCAACGCUGUUCCUGUGGACCUGAUCCUCCAGGACUGUGCACUCAUCGUGGGCUGCCUUAGCUGCUCCCAGGAGGGCCCUCUGGAGAACCUUUCGUAUGGUCAGAGUAUGGCCAUCAACUGCCAGCACUGCCACAGCAAACUGAGCAUCUUAGUUGACAGUACAAGGUUCCAGUACAUUCCACCAUGUUCUAAGGACAAAUUAGGGCAGGGCAACACUUCACUGAACUAUCGGCAGAGUAUAAGAGAUCCUGCAGUACAGCUGGGAAAACCACUGCCUGGAAAGGGAUCCUGCAAACACUACAAACAGAGUCAUCGAUGGCUAAGGUUCCCAUGCUGCGGUCGGGCCUACCCCUGUGAUGUGUGCCAUGAUGAAGACCAGGAUCACCUCAUGGAGCUGGCUAGCAGGAUGAUCUGUGGCCACUGUGCCAAAGAACAGCCAUACAGCAAUGGGAAGCCCUGUGUGUGCUGUGGAGGCAUGAUGACCAGAGGGGCCUGCACCAGCUACUGGGAGGGAGGACUGGGCUGCAGGAACAAAAUUAAGAUGAACAGGAAUGAUCGGCAUAAAUACGCAAACAUAAGCAAAACGGUGUCACGGAAAGCAGCAAGUGAGAAGAAGUAACAGUAGUUCAAAUGAAGGCAGAGAUUCUCCAAUCAAUCAAUACAUUUUAUAGUCAUUGCAAAACUGUACAAUUAAAUUCAGUUGAUUUGACUCAAGAGCUACAGUACAUACAAACAUUUGAAGGCUUCUGCUAUUAAAUUCCAUAGGAUUAUUAGGGUUCCAAGCAAGGCCCCUUGUCUUAAGUCUCUUAAAUGAUGGUAACGAUUUGUUUAAAGGUUUUGGAGUAAUUGUUUUUGGACAAAUAACUCAACAAAUAAAUGAUUAUCAAAUCAAAGAAAAAUACAUAUAUAAAUUGAAUAUGCUAAACUAUAAACUACACUGUGGAGAAUACCCCAAAGAUGUAAUCAUAUAAUAUAUAAGAGCUUUGACUAUUUUGUUUCUAAUAUACACAACAACAAAUUAAACAUGCAACAAUUCUUCUGAUGUCAUCUGUUGAAAUAAAUUAGACUCCAAUAUUGGGAUUAAUCAUGAAACACAUCACAUGUUGUUUUGAUAUAUUUGGAAAGUGUAAAGUUCAAGGACAUGGCUAAAGACAUAAAUGGUUAUAGAUCAAACUUACAUGAAUUAGGUACCUGUAACUUGUACUUCAUGUGAAAUACCUUUGACUUCUGCAAUCUCAGCUUUAUCUCUUUUUCAAGUACAUAAUAAUAAUAAUACAUUUUAUUUGGAGGCGCCUUUCAAGUCACCCAAGGUCACCUUACAAUAGAAGAAUACAGGAUAAAAG